AUGGCUUCUCUUCCCCAAACUCCACGCGCUCUCUCCGAAGAUAACCAUGUGGACAGUGACAGCGAUUCAUCCAUCACUGAUCCCCUCGACCUAUCCAAGGAUGAAGGAUGGGAAGAUCUCGAGCUCGACGAGGAAUCUGAGCCUGUAAUCAGCUUGUUUAAUGAUAAGGUCUUCCCAGAUGCUCGAUCGAUGCUCCAUGACUGCAAAGAAAAUUUCCACUUGGACUUUUUAAGGGUUCAGAAGGACCUUGACCUAGAUUUCCUGGGCACCAUUCGUCUUGUCAACUAUAUUCGUUCCGAAGUCAAGGCGGGAAAUUUAACACCCGAUGUAUCCUCUGCGUCCUUAUUCGAUGAUGAGCGAUACUUGAGGCCUGUGCUGGAGGGCGAUGCUCUUCUAUACAGCUUAGAUGAUUUAUCUGAGGAAUUGAGUCCCGGUCAAGAUGUGGGAGGAGACGAUGGCGGGGUGAAACAGGCAGAUACGAAAGAUCCGACGGUUCGGAUUCGAGAACUAGAGGAAGAGCUGGAGCGUAUGCGAGGAGAUAUUGAGGAGUAUAAGGCGAUCGUUAAGCGGACUUUGGAUAAGGAAUUAAGCAGCGCCACUGCAAGUGCAGAUGGGAAAACAGAAACUUCAGAGUCUGGCAGAUUUCAGCAAGCAGAGUCUGGCUACUUCACCUCCUACUCGUAUAAUGAUAUACAUGAAUCCAUGCUCAAAGAUUCCGUCCGCACGGAUGCUUAUCGGGAUUUUAUAUAUGACAACAAAGGUCUUUUUAAGGACAAGGUUGUGCUUGAUGUUGGGUGUGGAACGGGUAUUUUAUCAAUGUUUUGCGCCAAAGCAGGGGCGAAAAUGGUGAUUGCAGUUGACAACUCUGAUAUCAUCGACCGGGCUCGUGAAAUCGUCUAUGACAAUGGAUUCGGAGACGUGAUCAAAUGCAUCCGCGGUAAAAUUGAAGAAGUGCAACUCCCCGUCCCACAAGUCGACAUCAUUGUCUCGGAAUGGAUGGGAUAUUGCCUCCUCUUCGAAGCCAUGUUCGACUCCGUAAUCUGGGCCAGAGAUCGCUACCUUGCGCCGGACGGCCUGAUGGUUCCCUCCCAUGCCACACUCCAAAUAGCACCCCUAGCCGGUCCAGACCUGAUUGACCCGCACAUCACCUUCUGGAACUCAGUCUACGGUUUCAAAAUGUCCAGCAUGUUGUUGGGUAUAUACGAUGAGGCCCUGAUCCAUUGUAUCUCGAAGCCGGAAGACACCAUCGUCGCCAAGGCAUCGCCAUUCUUGCAACUGCCUCUACAUAACAUAACCAUCGACGAGCUGACGUUUGUCAAGGAGUUUGAAGUGGCGCUCAAUACGGACAUUGAUGCGCUGGACGGCUGGGCUGUGUGGUUUGAUAUGUUCUUUAUGCCGUCGAGGACGUCCAAGGUGGCUAAGGAUGCUGUGCCAGGGGAUAUGAAGAAGGAAGGGUUUGUCGCUUUCUCGACAAGCCCGUUUGAUCCGGAGACUCAUUGGCAACAAGGGUUGUUUCUGAUUAACAGGAAGAAAAAGCCCGCCAAGCCGUUAAAGAAGGGACAGGUUAUUAAGGGACAUAUAGAGUAUAGGAAGAAGGAAGAUAAGUCACGCUCUUUGGAUAUUAAGAUUAAUUGGGAUAUUGAGGAUGUGGAAAGUGGGCGACAGGAGUGGUCGUUGCAGUAA